UCCACUCUCAACUACAAUCACUAAUACUCAAAAGCCUCAGAAUCAAAUCAAACACUACUCCUCCACUUUAACUUAGUUUCCACAAUUGGCUGCAAGUGCAAACAGGCAGGCAGCCACAAGCAUGGCCACAGGGACCUCCAUAAGAUUUUGUAGCCUUUCCCUUGUCCUCCUGCAUCUCCUUGCAUGGGCACCUUCCUCACUAUGGGCACGCCCUGCUACCUUCGUCCAGGACUUUCGUGUCACUUGGUCUGAUUCCCAUAUCAGGCAGAUCAAUGGAGGCAGCGCCAUCCAAUUGGUCCUCGACCAAUCUUCAGGUUGUGGGUUUGUGUCUAAGAGCAAAUACCUGUUUGGUCGCGUCAGCAUGAAGAUCAAACUCAUUCCUGGGGACUCUGCUGGCACUGUCACUGCCUUCUAUAUGAAUUCAGACACAGAUACAGUGCGUGAUGAAUUGGAUUUCGAGUUCUUAGGGAAUCGGAGUGGACAACCUUACACAGUUCAAACCAAUGUGUAUGCUCAUGGCAAAGGUGAUAGAGAACAAAGGAUCAACCUCUGGUUCGACCCAUCUGCCGAUUUCCAUACUUAUUCCAUCCUAUGGAAUCACCACCAUGUCGUGUUCUAUGUGGACGAAAUACCAAUUAGAGUUUACAAGAACAAUGAAGCAAGAGGGCUCCCAUAUCCCAAGUUCCAAGCCAUGGGGGUGUACUCUACAUUGUGGGAAGCAGACAAUUGGGCUACAAGAGGUGGGCUUGAGAAGAUAGAUUGGAGCAAAGCACCCUUCUAUGCUUACUACAAGGACUUUGACAUCGAGGGUUGCCUUGUACCAGGUCCUGCUAACUGUGCCUCCAACCCUAGUAACUGGUGGGAGUCCCCUGCUUACCAGCAAUUGGAUGCCGUCCAAGCAAGGAGAUACAAGUGGGUCCGUAUGAAUCACAUGAUCUACGAUUACUGUGCAGACAGAUCUCGCUACCCUAUCGUCCCACCGGAAUGCACCGUCGGGAUCUAAUUAGUGAUAGUAUUAUCUAUCGUCUUUAAUUAUUUAAUGUGAUUAAUUAAUAUUAUGAACAAUAAGAAUGGUGAUCGUCGUGGUUGUGUUCUUCAAGUAGUUUACCUUGAGAGAAUUAAUGUUGGAUUUUGUUUUAGUAUGUUAUUAUUCCAGUCAAGGGUGUAUAAAAAAAAAUUAUUGUGAAAUAAGGAAUUCCACGUAAAUGAGAUGUUCCCCACUUCUUAGC